UGUCUAGUUAAGAACAAUUUUGUUGUGGUGCAUAGUUUUUUCAGUUUGUAUGUUUUCAAUAAAUCGAUAAAAUACAGACGAUAAGAAGCAAGGAAGUACUUUGUUUAAUAUUAUAAGAUAAGACAGGCAACAUGGAUUUUAAUGUUAAAAAAAUUGUAAAAGAUGCUGGAGCUGCUUUAAGCAGAGCAAUACAGAUGACUGAGGAAAAGUUAGGCACAUCUGAAAAAACAGAAUUGGAUGCCCAUUUCGAAAAUCUUUGGAACAGAGCAGAGGGUACAAAGAACUUUACAGAAAAACUUGUCAAAAAUACGGAAGCUGUUUUGAUCCCAAAUCCUGGAAACAGAGUUGAAGACUACAUCUAUGAGAAAAUCGAAAAGCAACGACCUUCAAGAUUGAGUAAUUUGGAAUAUUUAGGAGUGGAUAUGGUAGAGGCAGGUAAUGCUUUAGGGCCUGGUACAGCCUAUGGGAGUUCCUUAAUCAAAGUAGGUCAGUGGGAACAAAAGCUAGGUCAAACUGAAAGAGACUUUAUUGGAUCAGCUGGCAUGUGUUUCACUCAACCUUUAAGGAAGUUCUUAGAAACAGAGAUGAAAACUAUUAUUAAAGAAAAGAACUUACUUGAAGUCAAAAGGUUGGACUUGGAUGCUUGUAAAAACAGGGUGAGAAAAGCAAGGAGUAUGUUAGGACAGCCAACGCAAAAGGAUGGAAUUUCUCCUGAAGUUGCACUGGAACAGGCCGAACGAGAACUACGAAUUGCUCAAUCAGAAUUUGAUAGACAAGCCGAAAUUACCAAACUUCUUUUAGAGGGCGUGAGCAGUUCUCAUGCAGCCCAUUUAAGAUAUUUGUACGAGUUUGUAGAUACGCAGGCUAGAUUCUACUCACAGUGUACAACGAUCAUGACAGAUUUACAGCGAGAACUUGCAAGUUUAUCCAGUAGUCUUCCCGUAAGUCCUACUCAAACUAACACACCCACAGAAGAAGACAUGAUGAAAGCUAAAACUCUGUAUGAUUAUGAAGCUAAAGAUAGUACAGAGUUGAAUUUAAAAGCAAAUGAGGUGAUACAAGUGAGAGACAUACAGAAUCCAGAUUACUACAUGGGUAGAAAUAACAAGAACAACCAAGGUCUGGUACCAAAAGCAUAUUUGGAAGUGCUUACUUAAUGAACUACUUUUACAUCUCUGCCUUUAAUCUAUUUCCAUGAUAUUUUACAUAAUCAUAUUAUGCUUCUCUCUUCGUGUCGUAUGUAUGUUACUGUUUUUAGAAUCAAUAAUGCAGAUAUGGAUUAAAAAUUUUAGUUAUCAGAAUAAGUGAAGCGAUUUGAACAAAAUAUGUAUAAAUUAUAGGAUUAUAGAUCUUUUUAAAAUAAAAAUCGAUAUAUUUUUUUGUUUUAAAAAAGUUCACACUCAAUAUAAGUGCUAACUUCACUUAAAAUGUUAGUUAUAACUUUAAUUCAUUGGUAGAUAUUAAAAUCAUAUAGGGAAAGAAAAUUGAUACUACUUAUUUCUUAAAUAAAAAGCAAAAUAUUAUAAAGCUGGCUUUUAUAUAACGAAAAAGGCAAAUUAUUAAAGUAUAGUGCCUGAUUCAAUAGUUUAUAUGCAAUAAUACAUAUUCAUAAGCCAUAUCAUUUUUUCGCCCCGAAAAUUAUUAUUAAUUAGCCUUCUCAAUAUAUUGAUAAAUUUUCUUAAUAUUAUUAAUUAUUAUUGUAUAUGUUGGAAAUAAUUCGAUAUAUGAAAUUUAACUGAAACUUACGAUAAACAAGUGUUAAAAUCAAAAUAACAGGCUGCAUUUCAAUAUAUAAAUUUUUGAUUGUUUCAAAGUUGACAGAUCAAAUUUCGCUGUAGAUGACAUCGUUUCAUCAUAUUCAUCAAUUAGUCUAUAUUUGUUCACUGCUGAACGUAGACCUCUCUUAAAAUUUUCCACCUAUCUCUGUCUUGAGCUUUUGCAUCCAAUUUGUGGUGAUGCGCUUUAUAUCAUGCGUCCCUUUAGUGAGUGAUCGUCUUCUGCUUCGAUAUGCCUAUUGUCUUGGUCGCCAUUCCAAAACUUUUCUGGUCCAUUCUAUCAUCCGUCCGUCUGGUAACAUGUCGGGCCCAAGCCCAUUCAUAUUAACAGCACUACAGGCCUUAGAGGCCCUUGGCUUCGAUAGUCUUGACUAAUUUCUUCCACUUUUGCGGUCCUGCACUUGUCCUCUCCAGUCUCUUGUACCCAUUUCUUCUAGGUCAGUCCGGACGGCAUCAAACCACUUCCUUCGUGGUCUCCCUCUUUUUUUCUUCCUUUGUUCUCCUGCUGAUAAAACUCUUAGGAGAUUAAAACUUUCUUGUGGCAUUCGUAAAACAUGAUCCAACCAUCUAACUCUCUGUGCCUUGAUUUUCUGAGUUAUUUUAGGUUUCUUAUACAUCUCCAUUAGCUCCUGGUUUGUUUUUCUGCGCCAUUCCCCGUUAGCCUCCUUUAUACCACCAAAAAUUUUUCUCAAUAUUUUUCUCUCCCAAAUCUCUAGCUUUUUUUCUUCUUUCUGGUUCAUUGUCCAAGUUUCAUAUGCAUACAAUACAGUUGGUCUGGCUAUUGUUUCAUACGCUCGGAUCUUGGCUGCCCUACACGUGUUUUGCCUUCAACAGUGCGUUUAAUGAACCUACUGCUUUGCUACCUUUCAACAACCGUUUAUCUAUAUCUCUCUCUUCGUCUCCUCUAUUUGUAACAGUUACUCCAAGGUACUCAAAUUCAGUUACCUUCUCAAAUUUAUAAUCUUUGUCAUGUGCCCUUAGGCAGGGAAGCACAUCAAAGAAACAUGAAGCGUAAAUUACGUUUCAUGGAAAUAAACCACUGCUAAGCAAAUAUACGUCGGGCCAUUUAUGAGACUCUCCGAAAAUAAAAAUGUGUCAUGAGCAUGAAUCACACUCGUUUCAUUGGUAGGCGGACUUUGAGAUUUGUUUAGCAGUGUUUUAGUUUCAUGAAACAUGUUUUUCGUUUCAUGUUUCAUGUUUUUCGUUUCAUGUUUCUUUGGUGUGCGGCUUGGCUUAGAGUAAUUCACUUAUUUUCUUCAGCAUUUUCUCCUCUCAUUUCCAUAUACUUGGUUUUUCCUUGGUUUAUAGUCAGGCCAUAUUUUUUGCUUCUUCUUCAAAUUGCUUGAACAUUUUUUGAAGUUCUAGUCUUGAACGUGUCAAAAACACCAGGUCAUCUGCAAAACCUACACACUGUUGUCUUCUGUUAAGAAUCGUGCCGCUUGUCUGGAUAUUGGCUCCUCUAAUGAUCUUUUCUAGCACUAGAUUGAAUAAGUCUGUUGACAGGGGGUACUCUUGUUUUAAUCCUCUGUUGACGUUAAACUGAUUUGAAAAACUGCCUUCUAUCAUGACUUUAUUGACUGUGUUGGUAACCCAAGCCCAUUUAACCAUGGCUAUUCUUUCAACUGCAUCCGCGACUCCUAUUAUUCUUCUUAUUUCUAUGUUUGGUAGUUUAUCUGUUUAAUACCUAACAUUAAUCUUUCCAUAGCAUGUUGUGUGACUCUUAUUUUAUUUAUUGUUCCUUUUGUUAAAAUUAAUGUUUCUGCACCAUAUGUAAGAACUGGUAAAACACAUUGGUCAAAGACUUUCCUUUUCAAACAAACUGAAAUAUUGUACUUGAAAAUGUUGUUCAAUCUACCAAAGGCAGUCCAUGUAAGACAUAUUCUUCUUUGCAUUUCAGUUGUCUAAUUAUCUCGGUCUAAGCGAAUCUCAUACCCUAGGAUCUAGAUAUCUGUAAGCUAUUACUUGGUCGAUGUUAUGGCUUUCAAUUUGAAUUUUUAUCGUUUACUACAAGGUUGGUCAUAAAUUUUGUCUUUGAGGUGUUAUGACGCCUCAUGGAACGUUUCUAGCAUUUUAAUAGCUUUAUCAACUCUAUCAGUUAUUAAAACGAUGUCAUCGGCAAAUCUUAGGUGGUUCAGAUCCUCUCCAUUUAUAUUAAUUCUCAUAUUAUGCUCUUGUUACAUUCGCUUGAACGUAUAUUCGAGUACAGCUGUAAAUAAUUUUGGGAGAUAGUAUCACUCUAUCUAAUCUUCCUCUUGUUGUAUCUUCCUGUUCCAUUCGCUUGAACAUACAGGGUGUUAGUAAAUAAGUAUGAAAAACUUUAAGAGCUAAUUAUACAUGAAAAAAUAAUGCCGGUUUUGCUCUAUAGACAUAUGUCCGCAAAUGCUUCGUUUCCGAGAUAGGGGUGUUGAAAUUUUUAUUUCAAACUGCCAAUUUAUUUAUUGCUCUAAGAACAGUUGAGCUACGAAAAUGAAAUUUGGUGAGUUUUAGGAGUUAGUUAUUAAUAGUCUAAAUUUUUUUAAAGAAAAAAAUAGUACGUCACUGAGAUAUUUCAAAUUAAAAAUUAUUUUUAAAUUCCACGUUUAAUUUUUGAUAAAAAACCUUUCUUGCCUUUUUCAUAUGGUGCACCGUUUUUAUGCAGAAAAAUAAAACAUGUUGACGCGUAUUUUUCAUUUCUUAAUACAUUAUCAAGAACUAUCCAAUAUAAUAAUACUAAACUAGAACAAUAACAGAAAAUAUUACUCAUAAGGUUUUAACUAGGUGCAAAGCUGCAAGAAAUGUUUAAAAUGAUCUCCUUUACAGGUAACAGAAGAAUUUUAUAUUCAUCAUUGGCGCGCGUACGGGUAAUGGUCUGAAUAUUUUUAAGAAAAAAAUAGUACGCCACUGAGAUAUGUCAAACUAAUACAAAUUAAUUUAAAAAUCAUUUUUGAAUUCCUCGUUCAAUUUACGACAGAAAAUCUUUCUUGCCUUUUUUUCAUACAAGGCGCUGUUUUUAUACCAAAAAAUAAAACAUCUUAACGCUUACAAAAUAUUUGAAGUAGUUUUCUUAUGCAUAGAAACUUCGUUCAAAUACUUUGUAAACGUUAAGAUGUUUUAUUUUUUUGCAUGAAAACGGGGCCGCAUAUGAAAAAAAGGCAAGAAAGAUUUUGCACCACCAAAUUGAACCAGCAAUUCAAAAAUGAUUUUUAAUUUGACAUAUCUCAGUGACAUACUAUUUUUUUCUUAAAAAUUACCCGUACGCGUGCCAAUGAUGAAUAUAAAAUUCUUCUGUAACAUCUAAAGGAGGUCAUUUUUUGGAACAUUUGUUGGAGCUCGGCACUAGUUAAUAUCUUAUUAGUAAUAUUUUCUGUUAUUGUUCCAGUAUUAUUAUAUUCUAGUAUUAUUAUAUUGGAUAUUUCUUGAUAAUGUAUUAAAAAAUGAAAAAUACGCGUCAAGAUGUUUUAUUUUUCUGCAUAAAAACGGUGCACCAUAUGAAAAAAAGGCAAGAAAGGUUUGUAUCAUAAAUUAAACGUGAAAUACAAAAAUAAUUUUUAAUUGGAAAUAUCUCAGUGGCGUACUAUUUUUUUCUUUAAAAAAAUUCAGAUCAUUACCCGUCAGGCGCGCCAAAGAUGAAUACAAAAUUCUUAAUUGUAUGUCAAAAAAUGCACAAUAACUACCCCUUAAAACACACCUAGAUUCAUUUUCAUAACUUAACCGGUCUUAGAGCAAUCAAUAAAUUGGCAAUUUGAAAUAAAAAUUUCAACACCCCGUAUCUCGGAAACGAAGCAUUUGCGGACAUACGUUUAUAGAGCAAACUCUCAUUAUUUUUUCAUGUAGUAAGACUCCUUAAAGUUUGUCAUACUUAUUUACUAACAUCCUGUAUAUGUAUAUUCGAGUACAUCUGUAAAUAAUUUCGGGAGAUAGUAUCGCUCUGUCUAAUUCUACGUUCAAUUAGGAACUUUUGUCCGACUUCAUCUUCAUGAAGUCGGACACAAGCUGGAGCAGUUUCGUAGAUACUCUUAAUCAUCAUUAUCAUAUUAUGUACUAUUUUGAAAUAGAAAAAUACUAUGAUAUAGGUUAAAAUUUACGAUUUGAAAAACAUGACAAUAAUGUUUUUAUUGUAUAAGAUAUUGAAAAAACUUAAAAAUGACUAUCAAGCUUGCGGGUUUUUGUUGAUAUUAGUGACGGUAAUAAAUUUUUUCCAUACCUGCCAUUUUAAUUCCACUCGUUAUAUUAAUAUAAUUCCAAACGUACUGCGAUAUUUAUUAUACACCAUAAAUUGUUUAAAUUAGAUUAGAAUUAAGAUAAUUACUAUAUCUAUAUAUCUGUUAUACCUGUGAAAGAACCCCGCAAAACACUCCUUAUAGAAAAGUGGUCCCGGUUAAAUGUAACGAAACUUUGGUCAAUGAUAGUCCUUAGUAAGUAGAUUAAAAAAGUCCAUGGCACCUAGGUCCGAAAAACUAUUAUUCUCGAGAUAUAGUCUUCUGAAGUUCUUGAUUUCAGGUACUCGGUUUACGUUAAGUGCGCUAAUUCACGGUCAAGUGAAUGAAAGUAUCUAUUAUUGAAAGAAGAGAGACUCAUUUUCUUCAUGCAUAUUUGAGUGUUGCAUAUGAAUUCGUGGUUAAAAAUAGAUGCAUCGUAUUUUAGUCUUCAGAAAGUACUCAGAAAACUGAAGUAGUGCGAUAGAAAAUGUGUUGCUACGGCGACAUAAGAAUUAUCAUGUUUUCAUGAAUGGUUCAGGCUUAUCCCAUACCAGCAUAGCUUCAGCCUAGCCUUAUCUUUAGAAAACUACUGAACAGCAGCGGAUCUAGGGGAAAUAGGGUGAUUCCCCCCGCAACGCGGUCCAGAGUUAAACAAAAAAUUGUUGAAACAUAAAAAUAUAUUAGCUGACAUGAAACUUACUACAGACAGACAAAUUUAACCCAAUUAACUCGACAGUUAGGAAAAUUAACGGAACUUAUUGCACAUAUUAUUGUCUGUCUUGUAGUUUGGGUUUAUCUGUUUUAUGUGUUUAGGGGUUGGUGUUUUAUCGGAAGUCGCCCCCUCUCCUAAGGUAAAUGUUCCGCCACUGCUACUUAAGCGCCUUCAGAAAAUUAAGGAACAACCACAAUAAGUGCUGUUAGAGCAGAACAAGAGAUCUCACGUUUUCAUGCAUGCAGAAUAGAGUGCAUCUAAAAAUCGUUAGAUAUGCCGACGAAGCAGUAGUUUUUGCAAAUAGUUUAGAUGAUUUGCAAAGAAUAAUCUCCAGCAUAUCAGAUAUGAGUGGAGAAAAUGAACUUGAUAUUGAUACGAAAAGAAAAAACAAAGUACAUACAUGGUAGUAGGUAAACGCGAAAUAUUAAUUACAAUCUUCUAUGGAAAAAUCGUGUUUAUGUCAUCUUCGACUCUCUGUACGUUAAGAUUUUGCUUUUCGGAGGUUUUCUGAAGACUAAAAUACGAUGCAUCUAUUUUUGACCACGAACUCAUAUGCAGCACUCAAAAAUAUGCAUGAAGAAAAUGAGUCUUGUCUUCUUUCAGUAGUAGAUAUUUUCAUUCAAUUGACCUUAACGUGCACUUAACGUAAACCGACUACCUGAAUUUAAGAACUUUAGAAGGCUCGAGAAUAAUAGUUUUUCAGACAUAGGCGCCAUGGACUUUUCUAAUCUACUCGCUAAGGACUAUUAUUGACCAAAGUUUCGUUACAAGACCGGGACCACUUUUCCAUAAGGAGUGUUGCGGGGUCCUUUAAGAUUAGUUUUGUCUAGUACGUGACCAUAGUCACAUUAAUUCUUGUAUAAUUUUUUAUAAGUGGUAUUUUCAGUAUUUAAUGUUAAAUUAUUAACACGUCAUAUUAGUGUUGUUAUUUUGUUUUCUAUUUGUUAUUUUCAGUUCUUUGUUCAAACGAAAAAUCGGCGUAUGCUACGCAAAAAGUUACAUAAAGAAACCAAAUAACCACUCGAUAAAAAACUACUGAUACUGAUUUUUCAGAAAAUACUGAUUUUUCUGAUAAUACUUAAUAUUAUCCUCCUCUUUAAUCAACUGAAUAGCUUGUUCCAACGAAACAGGACGCAUGGCACGAAUAAUCGGUCCUAGAGGCUCCCUAAGUCCAGCUAGAAAUGACUUUAGGGCCUGCUUCGUAAAGAAAGCUCUUUUCGACUCAACGUUCUUGAUUAAUAUAAUGUAAAUCAUUAUAAUUACAACUAGCAUUUAAUAAAGUUAAAAGUCUUUCAUGAAAUACAUACGUAGAUUCAUUAGGUUUUUGUUUAAUAUUCACUAAGUCUUGAUUCAAGCAAUUUUCAUCACGAUGAUCACCAAAAUUCUGAAUCGAAGCAUUCUCUAUAUCUGGCCAAGUUUUAGCGCCACUUCAAAAAUGAAAACUCGAUACUUUUUGAGUUAUUCGUGAUUGAAAAUUUGCCAUUUUCAUUGAAAAAUACCACCUUUUCGGGCGAUUUUUUGCGAAUACCUUAAAAAUUAUGCAUCUAAUGAAAAAAAACUAUAUUAAACAUUUUUGUAGCUUAUAAAAAAUCAAAGAGAUUCGUUUCUUUAUUUAGCUUCUAGUUUUAAUACAAAAAGAGAUAUGGUAGGUGAAAAGAGAUUUUUUUUUUGUUGCAUGCUCAAAUCGGUGUGUUCAACUUAAAAUAACAGAGAAAUGGUCGAUUUUAGGGGUAUAAUACUACAGAUAACUUUUAUAGUGGUUGAAAAGACCUUAAAAUGAGUACUGUUUAAUUUCGAUUACAUUCAAACUAAGCGAGAUAUGGUGCAACAAAAUUUAUGACUAAUGUAUUUUAAGGACAAAUGAGAAGUAUAUUUAACCCCUCAUCCACCAGAAGUCAAAUGCAUCGUUUUCCUUCUAGAGUACCUUUAGGCACUGGGUUUAAAAUUAAUGGUUUAAAAAAAAUAAGAUCAAAUUAUAGAGCGCAUUUAAUUUUCUUAAAGAUUUUCCUUUUCUCCAUGUAACUCGAAAAUGAUAAGAUACGAAAAAAAUAAACAGUACAAAAAUGUGGCGUUUUUUUCAGAUAUCAUUCAGAUAUCAGAUUUUGUUUUGUCUUUAAUUACUGUAUCUCUUUAUCAUUUUCGAGUUACAUGGAGAAAAAGGAAGAUCUUUAAGAAAAUUUAAAAAUGCGCUCUAUAAUUUGAACUUAUUUUUUCAAAAACCAUUCACUUUAAACCCGUUCAACUUUUUAAACAUAGAAAUGACACUAUAAUAAUAAAAGGUUUUGUAGAAGGAAAAUGAUGCAAUUAAAUUCUGGUGGAUGAGGGGUUAAAUAUACUUCUCAUUUUUCCUUAAAAUACUUUAGUCAUCAAUUGUUUUGCACCAUCUCUCGCUUAGUUUGAAUGGAAUCGACAUUUAACAGUGCUCAUUUUAAAGGUCUUUUUAACCAUUACAAAAGGUAUCCGUAGAAAUAUACCCCUAAAAUCGACCAUUUCUCUGUUAUUUUAAGUGGAACACACCGAUUUGAACAUGCACAAAAAAAUCUCUUUUCGCCUACCAUAUCUCUUUUUGUUUUAUAACUAGAAGAAUUAUGAAAAAACGAAUCUCUUUGAUUUUUCAAAACCUACAAAAAUGUUUUGUAUAGUUUUUUUUGUUAGAUGCAUAAUUUUUAAGGUAUUCGCAAAAAACCGUCCGAAAAGGUGACAUUUUUCAAUGAAAAUGCUGCAAAUUUCUUGUAAAACAAAUUUCUAAAAUGAAAACUCCAUGUGAACUGAUAGUAUCAGUCUAUAAAUAUUAUAGACUGUUUUGUUUAUAGUUGGGAACGUGUUCUGUGGAGAUCAUAUUGAUAUAAAAUUGGUUUUGGCAUUUUAAAUUGAUUUUUUAAUAAAUUAUUUUUCAUACAAAAUAAUUUUUUUUUUGGUUAAAUUUGUUCCUUGUAUUUUGUUAUUGUUCAUCAGUAUGGUGAAUGUAUAGAUAAAGCAAAUUUGUGUAUCAGCAUAACAUUACGUUUUAUUUUUUGAUACAUUUUUUGUUGAAAAAUUUUUUCUACGGCCUACAGAUUCUUAGUAAAUCCUCGAGUGGGAAUUUUAGGGGGAAGUUCGGGGGUAGGUGUGACAGACUUUUUUGUAUCUUUUUGAGGUCCUAAGAUUGACAUUCUCAGCAAAAAGUAAAUAGGAGCUCUGUCUAACUCUUGAAAAUAUGGUUUCCCAAACGAACUAUCGAUAUUCUUAAAUAUAAUAGCUAAUAAAUAAAAGCAUUCAAAUAUACAUUUUUAUUCUGCCACUACUACUGUAUUUGUCAAAUCGAAAAUAUUUACUUUUUAAUGACUAAAUCUGCAAUUAUUAAGCAUUUCACCAUACUUAAUCUGUUAAUUAUUAUAUUGAUUAAUUAUACCACUGUAUUUAUAUUAGUAAAGGCUGAAAUUUUUUAUACAAACUUAUUUACAGCUGGUUUUGUAAACGAAUCUGGCAAAUGAUACCGUGAAAGUAGGUAUAUACAGACUGGUUAUAUUUGGAUUGGAUAUACCCAAUUUAAGGAAGCGCUAAAAUCGGCAACAUUGUCGUCAUUGUAAAACGGCGAGUUACGGAAUGAAUCAGCGCGAAUUAAAACAUACACUGAUAUCGUCUUGGUGGGUAGCGGGGACCGUCUCGUUCAUAUGCGACGGUUGUACGACGGGCGAUUCGUACCGUGUUGUCAUUUAUAACGUGUAUAUCUAAUUUAAAAGUAAAUAGUCUAUAAGUUAAAUGUAAAGUAUAGGUAUUAUAACGAGCGAUCCAUAAUUAUUGGGAUCAAAGCUAGCCGUGCAAAAAAUUACGUAUGUCUUGUUUUAAUCUGAAUUUAUAUCAUUGGUUUAUCAAUUAAUUUUGAUUAACAUUAUAAAACAUAAAAAAUCAGUCAAAACCUUUAACACAGAACUUUAAUCAAAAAUAAAAAAAUUAACAAAAUUAUAAGUAACAAUAAUAAAUAAAAUCAAACAAGAUGCUAUAUUAUGUCUACCACCAUUACUACAUAACCUAACUUUUCUUGUUAAGUUGACGUACACUGCAAAGUUGACGUAAACUGGAAAGUAUAUCUGAAUUAAGAAUAUACAUGCACUGUAUAGCUAUCUCUGUCGUUCAGAACCACCUAUGGUGACAAUAAUUUUGGAUCACACGUUAUAAUACCUUUAUCAUGUACAAUAACUGUACAAUUGUUAUAUCACCCUAUAUAAUAACUUUUAACAAUGACAGAAGUUUAUAUUAUAACCAGCUGAAUAAAGUAUUUGUUGUAUUUUAGUUAUUACAAUAUGACUUAUCAUAAUGCAAUAAUUAUCUAAUUAUAGUCAAUUUAAUACAAAAUAAAAUGUGCAAUUAUGGUUAUUAAUAUUGUAAAGCUUUUAUUAAGAUAUAUGUAAAUCACUUCAAUAUUGUUAUUGUUAAUAAUCAAAAAAGUUAAAAUAAAAAUCAGUUUUGAAUUGAAAAA